AUGAUGUUUCCUGGUCCAUUAAUCCUCCCCGAUGACGACCUUGCCGAGGAUCCAGAGUAUCCGCCACAGGACUUCCGUGAAUGGAGAGAUGAAGAGGAGCGAAACCCAGUGACUCGAGAAAGGAAGACUAUCUACAUUGUACCAAGUCCAUCAAUUACGCAGGAAGUGUACAAAAUGCAGACAUGGUCCGUCUGCACCUCUGAGAAUGCAGCAACAACCCGGGACAUGCAAGCUACCGAGCCGCCGAAGCUUCAAGAUAUUCUAGAGUACCUGUCUGCCUUCUUCCACGGCAUGGACGUGAAACUCUUCACAAAACCCUUUCAAUGGAAGAAAUGGGACAAAUACACCGGCACAAUCCUGAAAACCCCCGACACAGAACGCCGCAUUGGACUCAUGACGCCUAGCAAGGAGCUCUUCGGCAUCCGGUGUCGUGCGUCCCCAGAUGGAGUGUCCCCCAUGCAGGUCAACUUGGACGACAUACUGGACGCUCUGGCAGAAAACAUCCCGUCAGACGCACACUCUGUCAUGAUGCUGCUCGACAUGGACAUGUACGAAGGAGACGGCGACAUCUUCACCGCCGGCCGUGCAUACGGAGGCAGCCGGAUCGCUGCCGUCUCCCUAUUCCGCGACCACCCGCUCUGCGCACCUCGAGACGACGGUCACGCAUGGCCAGCAUCUCACUGCGCAACCUACAUUGACCAGCUCUGUCACGAAGUCUCCAACCCAUCCACCAAGCAAACAAAACGGCAACCCCCUCAGUCCCAACGACGAGACGGUGGCGGCCCCUUACACGUGGCAAUCGAAGCAGCCGCCAUCCAUGCCGAGCGCACGAUCCCGUUAGAAGCCCCAACAGCCCAAUGGCUUGGGAGAGUGGUAGUGACCAUGGCACACGAACUGUGUCACUGUCUGGGACUGGACCACUGCACGUACUUUGCGUGUGCGAUGCAGGGGUGCGGCAGCGUCGACGAGGCACAGCGGCAGCCGCCGUAUGUGUGUCCUGUGUGUCUGGAGAAGCUUUGUACGGCGAUAGGGGAGGGUGUAGUUGACGGGUGGGAGGACGAGGGGACGAGAGAUGGAUUUGUGAGGGAGCGGUAUGAGGCGUUGAGGAGAGUGAGUGGGAGAUGGGGGAAUGCGAAUGUGUCGAGGAUGUUUGCUGGGUAUAAGGCUUGGUUGGAUGUUGUUAUUGAAAGGAGUUCUGAAAAGGUUGUUAUUGUUAUUGAUGAUUGA